ACGUUGGUAAAAAUACCCCCAACCCUAUCCCAGUUUUUCCAAGAUGACUACAAUUUAUUGUUUGUAUCUGAAUCAAUGUACAUAGGCUAAUUACCCUGAAUUAAAUCCUCUUAUCUUGUCCACUUCAUUUCCUACCAAAAGAUAUUUGUUUUAUUCUUCCAUGUAAAAUGAGAUAUUCCUUCAAUUUUCUUUCUAAACUACCUACUAUGAACUGUGUAAUAUGAACCUAUACACUUAAAGUUAUCAAGUGAUAGGAGAAUAAAGUGUUGGAAUAGACAGUUGAAAAAGUAUGUUGGAAGACAGUUUAUGAUAUAGUGUUUGAGAAAACUUGACUGAAAAAAUACAUAGGGAAGUACAAUAGGAUUGUCAAGAUGUGAAAUUAAUUUAAAGUGAGACUAGAUGUAACAACUGAGUUUCAAUCUCCACCAGUUCCCAAUUGUCCCACUGUCUUUGCUGAGUCAGGCAUAGCUUGAUUUAUCCUGGGCUGUGCUAUGAAAGUGGAGUGAAAUGAUCUUAAAAUAAAUGUGAAGGGACUAUUUACUCUGAUUUAACAGGAAGAUGUGGGACAUGCAUAAAUAGUAUCAUUCUUAAAGUGCAAACAAUUGUAGUAGUCAUAAAAUCCAACCCAGAGGACACCUCAAUAAAAUUAACAGAAGAGACAAAGAGAUAUAAGAAGGUAAAGAAAAAUGCACAUGUAAAUUUCCCUUGUCCACAGAUGAAUCAUCAAGAAAAACCACCAGGAGAAAAUCUAACUGAAUUGCUUGAAUUUGUUCUCUUGGGCUUUGCUGACAUGCCCCAUCUCCAGUGGUUUCUUUUUGGAUUAUUUUUAAUCAUCUAUAUCAUUAUCCUGAUGAGCAAUGGCACCAUAUUUCUAAUAACAAAAAUGGAUCCUGCUCUCCAGAGCCCUAUGUAUUUUUUCCUGGCAAAUUUUUCCUUCUUGGAAAUCUGCUAUGUAUCCGCUACUCUCCCCAGAUUGCUUAUGAAUCUUGGGACCCAGAGAAGAAGAAUUUCCUUAGCUGCCUGUGCUACACAGAUGUGCUUUGUCUUUAUGUUUGCAGUCACAGAGUGUUUGCUCCUGGCAGUGAUGGCCUAUGACCGCUAUGUAGCCAUUUGCAACCCUCUUCAGUAUCCUCUAGCCAUGAACCGCAGGGUCUGUAUCCAGUUGGUGACUUUCGCCUGGACCAUUGGAAUCCCAGUUCAGAUAGGGCAGACGUGUCAGAUUUUCUCUCUGCCUUUUUGUGGAUCUAACCUAAUCAAUCAUUUCUUCUGUGAUAUUUUCCCAAUGCUCAAGCUGGCUUGUGGGGACACCCUUGUAAAUGAGAUGUUGGUUUACACAAUUGCUGUGUUAUUUGCCAUGGUUCCAUUCCUGCUGAUACUUGGCUCCUACAGUAAAAUCAUCUUCAUCAUCCUAAGGUUGCCAUCAGCCACAAGUCGAGCCAAAGCCUUCUCUACCUGCUCAUCCCAUCUUAUGGUUGUGGUGUUAUUCUUUGGAUCAGCCAUUAUUACAUACUUAAGACCCAACACCAGACAUUCAGAGGGAACUGACAAAGUGCUUUCUCUUUUCUACACUAUCCUAACUCCUAUGUUUAAUCCCAUAAUAUAUAGUCUAAGGAACAAAGAUGUCAUAAUGGCACUGAGAAAAUUGCUAUGUAAAUAAUUCACUUCGUUAAAGAAACAGUUAAAUGUAUAAGAAUUGCUUUCUUACAUAUUUUUAAUCCAAUUUCAAUAGAUGCAUAAUUUUAACUAUUCCUUGUGAUAUGGAUUGGAUUGUGUUCCCAAACAUAUGAGCCAACUUGGCUAGGCCAUGAUUCCCAGUGUUGUGUGAUUUUUCAUUCAAUCUCUUUUGAAAUGAAAGAGACA